AUGGCACACAAACAAUAUAAAUCUGCAGUUAGGAACUUCAGCUCGUCAUCUUUAUGUGCACCUGGAAAUGCCAGUGGAUUCAGUGUGUCUUCAUACCGCAGAGGUCCUAGCUUUAGUAGCAGAAGCCUUCACAAUGUAGGCUCUGUUGGCCACAGAAUGUCAUCUGCAAACUACAAUAAUAUGAGAGGCUCAUAUGGGUAUGGGUGGGCUGGUGGUGGAUUUGGUGCUGGUGGUGGAUAUGGGCUUGGUGCUGGUUUUGGUGCUGGUGGUGGAUAUGGUGUUGGUAGUGGUUUUGGAGCUGGUGGUGGGUUUGGAUAUGGAGCUGGAUUUGGCUCAGGUGGUAUCACAGCAGUUACUGUUAAUCAAAGUCUUCUUACGCCACUCAAUUUGGAAAUUGAUCCAAACAUCCAAAGACUGAGGAAAGAAGAAAAGGAUCAAAUUAAAACAUUGAACAACAGAUUUGCCUCCUUCAUAGACAAGGUCCGAUUUUUGGAGCAACAAAAUAAAAUGCUGGAAACUAAAUGGACUUUGUUACAAGAACAAAAAACUGUAAGAAGCCAUAUAGAACCUUACUUUGAGGCUUACCUAAACAAUCUGAGGAGGCAACUUGAAAAUCUUGGUGGGGACAAAGUUCGGCUGGAGGCUGAGCUAAAAAGCAUGCAAGAUAUUGUGGAGGAUAACAAAAAGAAGUAUGAAGAUGAAAUUAACAAGCGCACAAAUGCAGAAAAUGAAUUUGUUGUACUUAAAAAGGAUGUGGAUGGAGCCUUUAUGAACAAAUCAGAGCUGGAGGCCAAAGUGGGGAUGCUGCACGAUGAAAUCAGCUUCCUUCGAGAAAUAUUUCCAACUGAAAUAGAUCAGCUCCAUGCCCAAAUCUCAGACACAUCAGUCAUUGUGUCCAUGGACAACAGCCGAGAUCUUGACAUGGAAAGCAUCAUUGCAGAGGUCAAAGCUCAGUACGAGGACAUGGCUAAAAAGAGUCGUUCUGAAGCAGAGACUUGGUAUCAAUCCAAGUACGAGCAGCUGCGACUCAGUGUGGGAAAACAUAGUGAUGAUUUACGGAACACUAAGAAUGAAAUUGCAGAAUACAACAGAAUGAUAAGCAGAAUCAGGGGUGAAAUAGAAAAUGUAAAGGCUCAGCGUGCUAAGCUAGAAGCUGCCAUAGCAGAAGCAGAGGAACGUGGGGAAGCUGCAAUCCGAGAUGCCAAGAAUAAACUGUUAGAGCUGGAAGAUGCACUGCAAAAGGCCAAGCAGGAGAUGGCUCGCCUAUUGAGAGACUAUCAGGAACUGAUGAAUUCAAAAUUGGCUCUAGAUAUUGAGAUUGCCACUUACAGGAAGCUCUUGGAAGGAGAGGAAUCCAGGUAA